UGUAACACAGGUUACAUGUGUGUUCAGGUGUAUCUCACCUGUGUGUACCUGUGUGUUUCACAGCUCAUCGGCAUCCAGGACGGGUACCUGUCGCUGCUCCAGGACAGCGGGGAGGUGCGGGAGGAUCUGCGGCUGCCGGAGGGGGAGCUGGGCCGGGAGAUCGAGCAGAAAUACGACUGCGGCGAGGAGAUCCUGAUCACGGUGCUGUCGGCGAUGACCGAGGAAGCCGCUGUCGCGAUCAAAGCCAUGGCCAAAUAGGGCAGGUGGGCGGGGCCACGCCAAAUAUGGCA